GUCCGAGGGUCGUAAGGGUCAUUAGGGGUGUAGCAUAAAGCCUCCGCCUUUCCAAAAGCAGAUGUCGAACUUGGUUUUUGGGAGUUGAGCGCUACACAUCAUGUUGGCGAGAAGUUGCAUUUUGUUGAUUCUGCUGUUUGGCAUCGCUGCAGCUGCAGUGUUUGUGGAGAAGAAAGAGGCCGAAGCUGUGCUGAGCCGAUGGCGGCGGGCAAACUCUGGUUUCUUGGAAGAACUCAAGCAAGGCAACCUGGAAAGGGAAUGCAUCGAGGAGAUCUGUGACUACGAGGAGGCCAGAGAAGUGUUUGAGAACGAUGCGCAGACGAGGCAAUUCUGGGAUACUUAUGAACGUCGGGAACCUUGCCGAGUCAAUCCCUGUCUUAACAAUGGCGUGUGUGUCGCUGUUGGGACCAGCUUCCAGUGUAACUGCGCUGAAGGAUUUGAAGGACGCUUGUGCCAGAUGGUAUUUGAAGACUCGCUCAAGUGUGCUUACCACAAUGGUGAGUGUCAGCAUUUUUGCGAUGGCUCAGGAAAGCGCCGCAAAUGCUCCUGUGCCGAUGGCUACAUUCUGGGCGAAGAUGGCCGUCAAUGCAUUGCUCAGGUGGAGUUUCCAUGUGGUCAACUGGCACCAACGAAUCAGAGCAUAACGGGACAAACAAGGCUUGUGGGAGCCAACCAUUGCCCCAAAGGAGAGUGUCCCUGGCAGGUUCUGAUUCAGUUGAAUGGAGCCAGUCACUGCGGAGGUGUUCUGAUCCGUCCCGAUCAGGUCAUUACCGCAGCUCACUGUGUACAGGGAAUCAAACCUGACAAACUUACUGUGGUGGCAGGGGAACACAACCUGGACAUAGACGACCACACAGAACAAAGAAUUUCUGUUUCCACUGUGAUUGUUCAUGAAGAUUACCACCCCGCAACGGGCGACAGCGACAUUGCGCUUCUGCAUCUGAGUGGAGCGGCAUCUCUUAAUAGGCAUGUCCUACCAGUCUGUCUGCCCACUAAAGACCUAGCAGAGCGUGAACUUUUGCUACUGCGCUAUCACACCGUGUCUGGCUGGGGCAAGAGGACAAGUGGAGGGAAUGAGCAGAGCACCGCAUCCAGUGGUGUGUCCGCUUCCCCAAUCCUCCGCAAGCUGUCUGUGCCCAUCAUCCAAAACUCUCAGUGCUCCCAGAGAGGACAGUUCAACUUUACCGACAAUAUGCUUUGCGCUGGCUACCUAGAGGGUCAACAGGAAAGUUGCCGUGGAGACGACGGGAGCCCACUGACUACUUUAUUUGGUUCCACCCACUUCCUUUCAGGUGUGGUUGGUUGGGGGCGGGGUUGCUCCAUCCCAGGUUAUUUUGGCGUUUACGCCAAAAUUGCCAAAUUCGUUGACUGGGUGGAGUCAAAGAACACGCCCCUAUCCACGAUGCCACCUGACUUGCUGCAACAGAAAGUAGGAUUCCAAUGCAAACUGAUUUUCUCUGAGUACUCUGUGUCUUCCUACCCUAUUCUAAAAGCACUGUUCCUGGGCACCAAGGAGGCCAACGAGGUGUUGGUUCGGCCCAGACGAGCCAAUCAAUUCUUGGAGGAGCUCAAGCAAGGCAACAUGGAGCGUGAAUGUAAUGAGGAACGUUGCACCUGGGAGGAAGCUCGGGAGAUUUUUGAAGAUACAGAUAAAACUGAAAAAUUCUGGAACAAAUAUAAGGAUGGGGACGCGUGUCUUUCGAAGCCAUGCGCUCACAGAGGACGCUGUGUUGAUGGGAUUGGUGGAUACACCUGCUACUGCUACGAAGGCUACCAAGGUUCCAAUUGUGAAAUUGCUAUUCCUCAGCUCUGUGAGAACCAAAACGGAGGCUGCCAGCACUUCUGCAAGGUGGAGCAAGGAAAUAUUGAGUGCUCGUGUGCUGAUGGAUAUUACCUGGCCUCUGAUGACAAGUCCUGUGAAUCUAAUGAACCCUUCAAAUGUGGCGUCCUAAUAGCCAGCAAAACCAGGACCGUUUUCAGGUACCAGCGCCCAAACAUAACAGAGGGAAAUGCCACCUGGCUCAACCUGACCCAUGCUGAAGGCAGCAACACCUCCACUUUCGGUCUGCCAGAGAGCUCACUCCCUGGCAGCAACAGUAGCGAUCCAAUAGUGGAGAAAGAAGUAGAGGAAGAAGAAAUCUCCGAUGAAGUAUCAGGAAUGACCCGCAUCGUCAACGGAAAGGACUGCCCACCAGGAGAAUGUCCGUGGCAGGCACUUCUCAUCGAUGAACACAACGUAGGGUUUUGCGGUGGUACCAUCCUCAAUGAAUACAUAAUCUUAACGGCGGCGCACUGCCUGAACCACACGAGUUUUAUCACUGUGAGGCUGGGUGAGUUUGACGUAAGAGUUCACGAGGGGACUGAAUCCACCCACUAUCUGGAGACCGCACUAACGCACAAGCUGUACCGCUCGGACACUUUUCACAAUGACAUUGCGAUCCUCAAACUGGCCACACCCAUCAAGUUUUCCAGGUACAUCCUGCCAGCCUGCCUCCCUGAGCCGGAUUUUGCUGAGAACGUUCUCAUGAAACAACAGGACGGGAUGGUAAGUGGUUUUGGCCGUCUCGGUGAAAAUCUGGACACAUCCCCCAUCCUGCAGCGUCUGUCUGUACCUUACGUGCCGCAACAAACUUGUAAAGAAUCUAGCAGUUUUCGUAUCUCAGCGCACAUGUUCUGCGCAGGCUACGACAAUAAAGCUAUGGAUUCCUGCCGAGGAGACAGUGGCGGGCCACAUGUUACGGAGUACAAAAACACUUAUUUUGUCACUGGUGUAGUGAGUUGGGGUGAAGGCUGCGCAAGAGAUGGCAAAUAUGGCGUCUACACUCAAGUAUCAAAAUUUACCAAAUGGAUCCGUUAUAUCAUGAAGUUGUUGAUGCGCAAAGACACGAGUCUGGGUAGGGUUAGGAGGCACCCAGGAACAUUCAAGAGGCUUUAUUUGUAAGAUAGAAACAUCUUAAAAGACUGCAAAAUAAAAUCUUAUGAAUCUGUGUAUUUCUCAAAGCCAUAAAUAAACACUAGAAAAGUGUGUGCAUGCAUGAAUGGAGUAUUUCCUUUAAGCAACAUGAAUUAAAGACCUUGAUGAAGAA